AUGGCGCGUGUUGAGAAACAAAACCGCGAGAUCAGAGAGGUUAUCAAAAGCUCGCAAGACCCAGGGGUUUCAAUCGACCAGAUAGCGAGAAUACGCGGAUGGUUUCGCCCACAGGAUGACAGCGUCUACUACCCCGUCGUUCAAGACUACGUGAACGAAAAGAUCGAUAUUAAAGAAGCAUCAUCGAAAAUCUUCAACCCUAUAGAGGAGAAAAUCCUAGCAAAGAAACUGGACGAUGUCAACUUCAUGGAUCUUUGGUACAGCAUCAUUCACUCCGCAAGGCGCAUCUCUUUUCGCCAGUCGCAGAAGCACGACAGAGUCGUCGACCUAGUAGCCGCGUUCAAGAAUCACGAGAUGACCACGAACACAAAAUACAACUACCUCUUCAGCUCGUUAACCGAUUUCUCCAUGGCAUGCCGCGAAGCGUACAAUGAUGUCCCAGAAGCACAUGACGGCUUCUUCAAAGAAGAAGUUGAUGCCUGGACCAGCCUAAACUUCUUCUUCGCCCGCAUCACCGCUAAGGGCCUGGGAGACUUUGCCAUCUUCUCCAUCUGGGCUAUGCGUGAAGCUCUCGAGACAGACUACAAAGACAACGCCGAGGCUACCGCAGUGCAACAAUACGACGCGUACGUACCGGCUGCUGCCACAUGGGUCCUUGGCAUGGGAAGGGAUUUGCCACAGCAAGAGAAGGAUCUUACGCCUACGGAUCCGAACCAAGGUGAUCCUGCACGAGGCGGAGAGUUGUGGAAGGGAAAAUCCGAGUUCAGUAAGGAGAGGUGGAUGUUCUGGAAAAAACGAUUUACCGUGGUGGGGGAAAUGAAGGAAGUCGCAGAGGAGACGAGGGACGUCGCGAGGGACGUCGUUCAGUACAUGGAGCGGGCGGAGACAUUUGAACAUGUAUGA